UUUGGCCAGCCUGUAAAACUUUAUGUUCUAUAAUAAGUGUUCCAUGUUCAAAUAAAACAAGUGAAACAAUAAUUAAUGACCAUAGUUUUUAUUUGAAGAAUGGAAGAACAAGAAGAAAAGAUAUGUUUAGAAGAGCAAUUUAUUCUUCGGCUUCCAAUGGAACAAGCACAAAAAGUUAGAAAACUCUUACAUAGCAAACCAAGAAAAAUAAAAAAAUUAAUGAACAUUUCCCUGGAUCCAGAUAGUCUCAAAUUAAUAGUUGAUAUAAAAAAAAUGAAACUUUUCGGUACUCUAAGAAAACUGCCCACUAUAAUAGAAUCUUACAAAACCAACAUUAACAACAACAAAUGUCUGUUGUUUAAAACUGCCGAUAUAUGCUAUAUAGCAGAAUGUGGAUAUGAAGAAAACACUACAAACCCGCGUCAUUUACAACAUGGUUAUUGCCCACCUUUAAAAAACUGCAAAAAGAAUCGAUUUAGGAAAACUUUAUAUAAUAAGGAUGUUGCAAUCGAAGCUGAAGCUUUAUCAAAAGAAUUACAUUUUUUGUUAGCUGCUGAUUUGGAUGCGGUGUCUUCUAGGUUCGAACUGAUCCAUUCUGAAAAUGAUGCUACCAAUAUGGAAAGGCAGAAUGAGAUUUUGUUUGGGAAGUUAUCCAGUGAUUCUUCGGAUGUAAGUAUUAUAGGUUUUUAUAAAAAAAAUUGUAACAAAUAAGGAAUAAGUAAGUGGAAAGGAUUCAUUGGUAUUAUUUUUAAAAAUUUUUUAUUCAGAUUUAUUACUACAGUAAAUUUAUAUCCAGGUAUGAUUUAAAAUGACUUUACACGUUUCCCAAAUAGAGUAAAAAUUGUUAAAUAUUUCGUUUAACAGAUUUAUUAAUAUAAAACGUCUUUAUAUGGUUCAGAGGCGUGUAACUAGAUCAGCAAUUGCUUGGUAGUACAUAAGUGGUUCAUUUUGUGCCAAAUUUUUUACAAAUUCACGAUUUUUAUACCAAAAGAAGGUAGUUUCUGAGACAAACAAUUUUUUUUGCUUUUGGAAGUCUCAUAUCUUUUACUAAAUCUUUCAGGCUUGUAAAAAUCGUUGUGGAAAGUUUUGACCUAACCAAGAACUUGAAGGAGUUUUCAAUAUCUUCCUUUUUUUAGUACUUUGAUCCACUAUAAUGUGGAUUGAGAGCCAAUUUAUAUGAUAAUUGUCAACAGUUCAUUAGGAGCAAAUGGUUUGAUGGUUGUAACUUGUUUCGGGGUUCUUUACAUUGUGUUGAAUGUUUUGAACUUUCCAACUCCUCUCUACAGCUGGGAGUUUGUGAAAAGACUCUAAUUAUGUGUUGGUGGUAGGUCAAAUCUUGAUUUUAUCGUACUUUUCUCUGCCAAUGUUACAGAAUAUUUUUUUAAACCAUACAAAUGAAGCAGAAACUUCUCUUUAGCAGUUCCCAAGUCUUCAAGAGUUUUGCCCAACUUUGAACUCCGAACAAAUAUAAUUAAAUUUUUAUCGGAACCCGCAGUUACAACUUUGGAGCUGCUAUUAUUUUCUUUUAUGUCUGUAUGUUCAACGUCAUUGUCUUCUUCAGCUGUUACAACUUUUAAUCCUUGUGUUCUGAUGCCAAAGCAAAAAAGUAGUAGUGGUAGUUAGUUGUGAAUUGACCCCAAUCUUUUCAUUAAAAAAAAUAGAGGUUAGGGUUAGGUGCAGCUUUGAGAAGCACUAAUCUUCUUCGUUAUGGAACUAUCACCUCAGAAUAAAUAGUACUAUGGGGUAUCGUUAUAUGUCUUAACUUUGCAUUUUCUUAUUUUAGAACGAAAGUACCAAUUAAACAGUUUCAAAUCAAAGUAUUUGGUCUGUAUUAUUUAGUGCCUUUAUUAUUUGUACAUUUGAUUGGAUAAAAAGUGAUAUUUGUAUAUAAAAUACAUUCGCAAAAUUACGCAUUUCUUUAAAGACCGUUAUGGGGACAACUGGUACUUUGAUUACAGUUAAUUUAGUGAAUGUAUAAUUCCAAGAAUGUGUAUUUGUUGAUUCAAAUAAAUUUAAACGAUUUAAGAAAA